AUGCUUGUGGUCGACCCUCAUCACCAACGAAGUCAAGCUGCGAGUCUACCUAUCCGCAUUCGCCCCAUAAUGAUGUACGGAUCGGAGACUUGGGCAGCACCACCAACAGUUAUGGAGAGGCUUGACUGCACGGAACGAAAGCUGCUUAGACUGCUACUUGGCUACUUUUGGCCUAGGGUAUGCUACAACGUAGAACUUUGUGUGGAAGUGGACAUGGUGUACCGGCGGAUGGCACGUGGAAAACGUCAACGUAAACACGUAACGCGUAAAUCGUCUCCUCUUCUUUGGUCAUAUAUUAAGGAGAUCGGCAGAUCGCCUUGUUCAACGAGUUCUGAGGAGCUGGAAGAAGCCACCUGGCCGAAAACGGACGUGGUGAAAGAGGACCUGAGGACACUCGGCGUGGAUAGGCAGUUCAGGCGAGACGUAAGGUUUCGCAGAAUGUGGAAUAGCGACGAAUGGAUUGAUUCUGUGCAAGCUCUCGCAGAAGAUCGAGAAGGUUGGGCAGAGCGUAUGGCUACCACAGAGCAACUGAGCGAUGGGUUGCACGUGUCUUGA